AGCGAUCUAAGCGCUAGGUUCGAUGAGCAAUGGCGUCUGUGCACAAGUUUCCUGAUUUCGCCGUAAUAUGCUCCUUUUUGGAGCGUUAUGGCGAAAUGUUGCAGCUUCCCGACCUCACAAUACCUGAAUUACAAGAAGCUAUAGAAGAAACAAAAUGUGAAGUUCCCAUUUUAAAAGAGAUGAUCAUCAAGCUGAUGCGUCGUCUGAUAAAAAAUGUGAACGCUGAUAAAUGGGAAAGACAUUUAGUCAAGAUAAGUCGUUAUUAUUCUGGUAUGGCAGCGUGGGAAGUGGAUACCCUUGGAUAUACUCAGAGUAAAACUGAAACAAAACUAGGUCUCCUAAAGUUUCUUUGUGAUAGUCAGUUUGACGAACCCAAGACCAAAUUCAAGCUUGCUGUGAAUGAGUUAGAACCAGAGACCUUGCGUAUACAGCCCAUUGGAAGAGAUAAAAUGGGACUCGUCUACUGGUUCCAAAAGGAUCAUGAUGCUAACAUCAGGGUCUACAGGGAGGAACAAGAUGAUAUCGACAACUCAACUUGGCAGAUGGUUUCACAGGACCGAGAUGAUCUUGCUGGGCUACUGGCAGUGCUCAAAAAAGGAACCAAUAAACUCAGCUCAUUAGACCUCAAGACAGAUGAUUCCGAGUCGACCACAACAUCCCUCACAAACGAAGAGGAGACGGAUCUCGACAUCAAGGAAGAAAUUGCCAAGCUUCGCCUGAAAGUGACCUUCAAGAGAGAAACCGACUCCAAUGGUGUUGAAAUGGAACCCACCAUAGAGGCUGAAUUGAAAACGGAAGCGGAUGUGAAGGCGGAGACAUCAAGUUCCUCAGUGAAAGAUGAGCCAAUGGAUAGCGCGGAUGGAGGGAAAGGAGAAGGAAUGAAAGAAGAACCAAUUGAACCUUGUGAUUUUAAGGAGAAUAUAUCUGAAGUGAAGACUGAAAUGGAGACAGAGAAUUCAACAUUAGACGAUAUUAAGAUCAAAGCUGAAGAUAUUAAGGUCAAAGCUGAAGACGUUAAGACCAAAGCGGAAGAAGCAGUAGCUGGUGAUGACAUGGUAGAUGUAAAAACAGAAGAGUUGAAUCCCACACAGGAACUAGCCCCCUCAAGAGGGUCAGUAAUUGUGAAAGUUGAAGAUCAUGUCAAAGGUUACACCCCAGUUCCAACACAGACUGCUGCAGAGAAUGAAGCAGCGGUCACAGAAGGUGAUUUUGACAAGGAGGAUGGUGGUGAGAAGACUGUUUCUGGAGAGAGCAGGUCGAAAGAACCUACAGAAUCGUGUACGAUUCAAUCAACUGAUCAAUCAAGGGUAUGUGAUAAAAUGGGAAGUAGUGAGACGGAACAAUCAAAAGACGUAAGCAGUGAAAGGAAAAUAGAUGAGCUGAAGGAUAGUCCUGAGACCUGUCCAACCUCUGCAACUGUUUCUGAGCUAAAGGAGUCUGUGGAAGUCACUGGAAGGGCACCCAGACCAGCAUCUGCUCCCGACCUGACAUCAUCCAGUGCUCCUGCGGUGACCGUCACACCUGCUAAAGCCCUUGCAGCAGAAUCAACGGCAUCCUUGUCCACGCCAUCUCUGAUUCCUAGCCAAGCAUCUCCGAGGGCCCGGACGCCCACCACGAGCAUGUUCAUGAGACCGUGGGAAACCACACCUACUCAGCUAGAGAAAGAAAAAGAGAAGGAAAAGGAGAAGAAUGAAAAAGAGGUGGAGGGAAUAUCGAUAGAUUCGGUUCAGAAAGAAGGAACUGGUGCAGAAAUGCAGCCGAAACUUGGAUUAGAAAAGACAGGCAGCACAGAUGGACAAACACUACUGAAACCAGAAGGUGAAGGAUCCAAGGACAUAGAACACGAAGCUGGGGAUGGCAAUUCUCUUGCUGAGAUAAAGAAUUCAGAAGAUGUUUCGAAACCUGAUGAGAACAACUCAGUAUCACAAAAGACUGUUCAGGUCACAGAGACAAGCAAUGAGCAAGAAGACGGUUCAGCAAGGGCAGAAACUUCAGAAAAUUCAACUUUGUCAGAUACAAAAGAGAAUACGGAUAUUCCUAAGGAUGUUGCAGAUAAGAAUGAAGAAGCUGAAUCCGAGCCAGAUCGGGAGGCACAGGAAACCAAAGGUGCUGUCUUGAAGGAGGAUGAUACUGCUCCUGAAGCAUCUGUAGAGAGAGCAGAUGGUGACGAAUCAAGGGAAAGGGAGGAUAAGCAAGUGGAAGAUGGGGAAAGAGAAGAAGAAAAACAUGAGCAGAUAGAGGCUAAUGACAAACUUGCCACAAGUGAACUAGAUGAAAAUCAAUUGAAAGGAGACUGUAAAGAGCCUGAUAUUGUGAUUUGUGUAGAGGGGGGAAGCAAGACUGUUGGUGCGGAAGAAACUGAUCCAAAAGACCGGACAGAUGGGAAGGAAGCAAAAGUAGAUCAAAAAGAAAAGGAGUCCAAAGCUGAGGAGGUCACAACGGACAAGCCUGGGUCAGCAGAGAUAGAAGAGCCUGAUGAAGAAGGCACAAAGGAGGAACCGGAAGGCAUUGCGAAGAACCAUCAGGAGAAGAGUGAUGAAGAUGGGAAAGAAGAAGGGCAGGACACAAAGGAGGAUAAUGAGAAGGAAAGUACAGAAAGAGAGGAAUCUGCUGCGGUUCGGGGGUCUCGUUCUCUGAGACCUCUGAGACCUAGAAGAACUAAACAAAAAGAGGAACCCGAGGUCAUCAAACCCAAACCAGCUCCGAGGAAGAGAGGGAGGCCAAAAAAGAAGCUCGAAGCUUCAAGUCAAGAUGAGAAGACAAGUCAGGAUGAAGGUUUCAGCCAGGAAGACGAGGAAGAGAAAAAACAAAAAAAGAAAAGUGUUCCAGAAGAAUUAAUGGAAGAAGAAGAUGAAGAGGACGAGGAAGAAAGUGAAGAUGACGAUGACGACGAUGAUGAUGACGACGAUGAUUACGGGAAAAGGAAAGCCCCCCAAAAGAAAGGGGUGAGGACCGCCAAGAAGAAACGGAAGAAGAAAAGAAUGCGGUAUACCCCAAGAAGGAAAGCAUCGCAGAAAGCUGUUAACAAGAUAGUACAAAUGGAGAACGAUGAGGAAGGUGGAGGUGUAGGGAAGAAGAAGUCAAUGAAGGAUGAUGAUAGCGACUGGAUCUCGGAAGAAAAUGAUGACACCCCUUGCUGUAAAUGUGGACUGUACAAUCAUCCCAGAUGGAUUCUGUUGUGCGAUAAGUGUGACUCUGGUUUUCAUACGGCUUGUCUACGUCCACCUCUCAUGGCUAUUCCAGAUGGUAAUUGGUAUUGCCCCAAAUGUGAACAUGAGGAGCUGAUCGUUAAUCUCGCUGCUAAGCUGGAAGAUCUAGAUGCUGACUUGAAAAAGAAGGACAGGAUAGCUAGAAGAGAUGAACGAAAACUGAAAUAUAAAUACACUGAUGUGUGUGCCGUCAAUAUAUUGCCAGAGGAAACAAUGAUAGUUGCGAAGAAGAUGAGGAGAGGUGAAAAGAGGCGGUCACGGCAUGAUGACUAUGAAGAAGAAGAGGAGGAAGAGGAAGGAGAAGAUGGUGUUGAAUACGAGGAGCGACGCAAACACAGAUCCCACGGCUCACGAUCCCGUCGAUCACACAGCUCACGAAGCAGACGAUCGAGAAAGUCCAGACACCAUCGAUCUCACAGAAGCAGACCUCGCCGAUCUCGGCAAGACGACAUUGUGCCGGACUAUGAAGAUGAUUAUGAGGUCGUGAGUCGAAGGUCACAAAGGUCACGUAAGACCAUAGACUAUAGCUUCAAUGACUUUGACUCGGCCAUCAAAUCAGCCAUUGAUGAGGAGGUGGAGGAACACAAAAAAGCAGCAGAGGUCGAGUACAAGUCAAGGUGGGGCGUGAGCCGGGGGAAGGACAUGUCGACCAUCAUGGGGGCAGAGGAGGAAGAAGAAGAAGAAGAAGAAGAGAAGAGAAGCGAAGAGGAGGAAGAGGAUGAAAGGGGGAGAAGACAAGAUAGGAGAGGAAAGAAGAAGAGAAGACUCAAUGAUCUAGAGUGGUCCAGUGAGGACGAGAACAGUGAAGACUUCAAAGUUGAAAGUGAAAACGAGAGCGAGUCCGCUGCAGAGGGCAGUAAUUACUCAGGUGCAAGCGACGACAGCUUCUUGGGCUCGAGACGGCGAUCAUCAAGACGGCGUGGACGAUCAAAGAGAAAUCGUCGCUAUGCCAACAUGCCGAGAAGAAAGAGCGAGAGGGGUCGGAAGAGAGUGAGAUAUUACAGCUCUGCGGAGGAUGACGAAGGCAGUUAUUACUCAGGAAGCUCAUCUGGAAGUUUCUCUGGGAGUGGUUCUUCUGAGGAUGACGAAUGGACAUCGGGUGGAAGACGAAAAGCUGCUGCGAAAAUAAUCUCGUAUCGAGAGUACUCCAGCGAUGAAGCUAAAUCAAAGAAAAGAAAAAAGGCAGUUCGUACGCCAACACCCUCCCCAUCAUCCUCUUCGGACAAUGAAGACUACACCCAACGGAAAAGAAAAUUCCGCAUUGAUAGCGACGAUGAGGAUGAAGAUGAAGAAGGGGAAGAGAAGACGAAGUCGAAGCAAAGGAUCGAAAGCGAUAGCAACGACAGUGACAUUGGAAAGAGGAAAAAGAAGAAGAAGAGCAUCGAGCUGCAGCGGUCGUCGCUGCGGAAGUUCUCCACGCGGAUUGAUUAUAAGAAAAUGGCGGGUGAGAGCACGGAAUCGGACGAAAACGAUAAAUCGGACGAAAACGAUAGCAGGAGCGAGCAAUAUCAGGACUCGAAUAAAGAGAACGAGGAUGAAUCGGGUGAGGAAAGCAGCGAGGAGGCUGUCAGCCAGAAAGUAAGAACUAAAAAACAACUUCCUCAGACCGGGAAGUCAUACAUUCCAACGACUGUCAAUGGUGAUAGCAGUACAGAAGAUGUCCAUGAUGGUGGUGCGACGGUUGGUCGGAGGGGUGCUAAUGGAGAGGGGGCUAUAGGGGGGCAGAAGGGUGCUAACGGUGGCACCGUGAACGGAGAGGAAGAAGAUGACCUUCUGCAGGUCACGGACUUGAUUGAGUAUGUCACCCAAGACAUUUGAGGUCAAAGGUCAAAGGCUGUAUCUGUUAAUCUGUAUAUAUGUAUUUUAGGUGGAUACACAAGUGUUAUUUUUGUUUUGUGUCUGCAUGUACAUGUCAGAUUGUAACUACUUUGUCGCAAUCAUGUUGGGUUUUUAGAUUGUGAGGCGGAAACGCCGAUAGACGAUUGAAAAUCAACACACGGCACUGCCAAUUAAUCAUGGUCUUAAAUAAUCAUUGUGAUUACGGAGAUAAUCUUCAAGAUUUUUUUUUUACCCAGGCAUGCUUUUGCUUGAUUCCGUACCCAUGGUGUGUGUAUAAGGUCUCUCUUAGCCCCCUUCAAAAAUGCAGAAGAGUGUGCAGUAUUUAAAAUGAGCAAUGGAUACGGGCAGUUCCUUACCAAGAAUAGUACAUCAUGUAGGGGUUUAAGAAAGCAUCUGUCAAAAGGUCCUUUAAAAGUGUUGCGCCAAAAUUGCCAAAGUAUUGUUAAUCCUAAAUUUCAUUUCACAAUUAACAUCUCAAUUUAUCAAAAGCUGCUUGUAAUUUUCCUUGAUUUACUGACAGCAAGGUAUGUGAUCAUGAGGAUGAACAUGAAUUUUAUACCAAUUUUUAGUGAAAGCUGCCAAUUUUUUUUAAAACGCUGUAUGAUCAAUUAUUAAUGAUAAUUUUGUCGUCUUGAACGUCCAAAUUCAUCUUUGCGAAUCUUUAUAUUACUACGUACAUGUAAAAAAAUUGAACCAAAAUCAUGAAUCCUCUUCAAAUUGUGCUGAGUUCAUUAUGAAAAUGAAAUUCAGAUCAACAGAUUACAUUGAAAUGCAAAGUGAAAUUAUUUUUCUCCCUUUAUGAUGUAUUAUCACUACUUAUUAUCUAUAACAUAGACAUGGUGGUGAGUGGUGAAGGAUCCCAAGUCACUAAUUGUGAUAACUGAGCAUUAUUAAGAUGUGUAAUUGUUGAGAAAUUAACAAAAUAAGAAUUGCAUUACUGCCCGUUACAUAACAAUUUUGGCAAAAAAAAAACUCCACUGGCAAAUAAACAAAAACUCUGGCAAACAAAAUUAUGCCAUUGAAACUUACACAUAAAAAAAAUCUGGAAAAAAAUUUGCCAGAGUAUUUCUUUUAUGCUACAGGCCCCUGGUCUUAUUCAUAAAGCUGUUCAUAAAUUAUGAGCGACUUAAUGAAAGACUGGUGCCCAUUUUGUGGGAACUAAAUCAAUGCCAAUGGAAAUCUUGUGUGUAUCUCUUUUGCCACACGAAAGGAUCACCACUAGUCGUUCAUAAAGUCGCUUGUAACUUGCAAACAACUUUAUGAAACACCCACCGGAGGUAAAUAAUACACUGUCUCACGCAUGCUCAUCUAUGUUGGCUAUCUUUAGGGUGAUUGUUUCAGGCUUUUUCAGCUUAGAUAUCAUGAUUUCAUAAAGUUAGGUUUAAUAUACAGAUCUACGAUGAUGUGAUGAUUGAACUUGAUUUUAAAGACUCAUUUGAAUUCAUUGUGUGCUGAAAUUUCACUGCUUAAGUUUAAAACAUUGGCUGAAAACAUUUUAAGGGAAAGUUCACCCUGACACAAAGUUUAUUGUAAAAAUAGCAGAAAAUUUAAUAAAAAAUACUGGCAAAGUUUUUAGGAAAAUCUAUCAAAGAAUGAAAAAGUAAUUAGAAUGUCAAUUAUUUGAUAUGUGAUGUCAUAUGUGAGCAGCUUUCCUACAUAUCGUAUGGUAAAAAGCCAAUGAAAUGUCAUUUUCACAGAAAAUUGAAAAUAGUUUUUAUUGUACCUUCAGUAUAUCAAUACGCAAAUGAUUUCACAACAGCUCCUAAAAAGAAAAUAAAAAAAUAAGUCAUCAUGAACCAUUGAAAAAUGACAUGUAUGCAUUUUAUAUUACAUGAUAUAUGGGGCAGCUGCUCGUUUAUGACGUCACAAAUAAAACACUUGAUAUUCUGAUAACUCUCUUAAUCUUUAAUGGAUUUUCCUCAAACCUUCACCAAUAUUUUGUAUUAUUUUUUCUGCUAUUUGUACAACAAAUUUUUUUUCAGGAUGAACUUCCCCUUAAAAAAAAUGUUUGUUUAAAUAGAAACAUUUUUUUCACUGCCAAUGUUUAGCUUGCUGUCUACCUAACAUGUUUGCCAGACAGCUUCGAUAGAGAACUUUUAAGCACCUUUCUGAGAAAUGAUAGGAAAGUGAUUGUUCCUUCCUGUUGGCUAGGAAUAAAAACCACUACAUUGGAAUAGGUCAAGAUAAUGGUUCAGUCAAUGUGGUUCCUUAUCUGGAAAUAGAAUGAGAUCAUGCGACCAAAAUAGCUUUUGCUCUGCACUCCUGGGUUUAUUUAGUUUUGAUUUGACUUCUAGGACUGCACAAUAUUAUACAUGUAGCGUGCUGAGUAUUCUGCAAUCGCGAGAUGUAAAAACCGCCAUGUGGCUAAUUGUCAGCGGUGAACAUUAUCAAUUUAGUGUUGAACUGGGGAAUUGUCAGUCACUAAGGAUUUCCAAGUUAAAUCGGCAACGUUCCCUUACCACUUUGUCCAGCUAAGAUUGCAGAUGCUAGCGUCAUCAAGCAUUGGGUCGGGAAAUCGCGUGUACCCGACCAUUUGAGAAAAGCGCCAUCUUAAUUCCCGAAAUGUCAGGUCCAGUUUACCCGAUGUUUUGUGAAAAUUAUUGUAAAAUACUUGAAUGGUCGGGUAAAGUGGACCCGACUUUUUGUGAAUUUAGGGUGCCCUUUUCUCGAUUGGUCGGGUAUACGCGAUUGCCCAGCCCAACGUGAUAUUAGAAAUUGGUUGAUUUUAAGUACGGUGAUGAAAUCUGGUGUUGGUGUUGCGACAACAUCAACACCAGCCACAACACAUUACUUGAAAUAAGGCUGGUGUUGGGAUUGACCUCGGAAAUAUGACCGUUCCGGCAGUUCUUGUUGAGCGCUGGUGUUGAAUGCCGUCUGCUGAACCGAGCAUCACAGCCGGUGUUGACGAUCUACAUGUAAUUUCCCCAACACCAACCCCCAGGGAUUGGGAAAAUCGUGAUUUCAAGUUCGGUGUUGGUGUUGGUCAUUUGAAGCCCACAAACGGGCGGCGAACAGGAUGAAACAUCCCUGUAAUGUAAAUAAGAUAUUUGCAGAUAAGACGAGUGCAAAUCAUCAGAGCCUGAUACAUUGUAAUGGGCAAUAAUAUUUACUCUUUCAGAAUCGUGAAGUUAUUUUAGCCUUUGCAUUCUGUACGAUGAGAUUUUAUUGCAAUUUCUCUCUGAUUUCACUUUCGUCAUUAAGAAGUUCUCACGUAAAGUUGAGGUGAUCAGCAGCGCAGAGGCAUUACGUCAUAAGCUAUCGAUAACGCGAUGGGCAUCGCUCCUCCGAGCCCAGCUCGGUGUUGGAACUCAGUUCAGGAGCCUUUUCACGCUCUCAACACCAGCACCGAACACCGAACUUGAAAUCACCCAAUGGGGAAAUCAAAUAUUGGUGAUGUUUUACUGAUCCUUUCCUCGGGACCCUGGUGAAUUGGAUUAGGGUUAAUGAAUGGUGUAGAGCAUUUUGAAUCAGAUUUCUAGGCAGGAAGAAAUGGAAACCUCAGUUGUUGCGAUAGAUUGAGCCACUGGCCCAUAUUCUGAAGUCGAAUAACUCUGUGUUGAAAUUAUUGGAAGCCAAAUAUAUCAAAAUUGCAUUUACACUAAAUAUUUUCUAUCUCUACUCGGCUCUCUCAUGUUUUAAUGACGAAGAGAGCUAUUUCAGUAAUUUUUCUCAAGCUGGUUGUGAAUGAUAUUGUCAAAUGAGCUGACAAAUUGAACUUGUACUGUUAGAGACACCUGUCACAAUUGGCUAUCCAUAGUUAAACUACAACUUUAGACCAGCGGCUAAAGUAAACCUGGGUUCAGAGUUCGGGCCGAUAUCAUAUCUAUUCUAAGUUUCAGUGUCACAAUAUUUUUUAUAUUAUCAUAUUGUGCAGUCUUAUUUUCCUCCCAAUUUUUUUUCAUAGUCCCACCUAUUCAUUUAUAUAUUUGUAUUUGAUUGAGUCCAAUUUUCAUUGAUAAAAAAUGUAUCAUUGUUAUGCAAUUAAUUUUAUUUUCAAAUGUCAAAUCAAUUUUGAAAUUGUUUGUCGACAAACCAAAUUAAUUGUUUUAGAUCAAAUAUUUGCAACUCAGAGUAUUCUUUUGCAUUGUAAAUGCAUGUUUUAGGCUGUUAAUGUUAUAUUACAUGGGCGGUUUGACCUAUGUAACAAUUUAAUUUCCUAGAAAUCUAAACAUCAGAUAUUAAAGUCUAGUGGUAGGCAAUGCAUCAAACUAGUAAUAAUUCACUUAAGCUGCAAUUUCCCCUACAGUAAGGCAAGUCAAAACAGCCGUUUUAUUCAUUUUUAUUCAAACCAUCUAUGUGUAGCUGGUACGAAAAAGGUUAAAAUGGCUGUUUUCGACUCGCCGUACAGCCGCAGUAGGGGAAAUGUGACUGGGGUAUUUCAUGAAUUCUUGUUAUAACAAAUGCAGUUUCUAUAAAAAGUUUACUAUCAGCUGAUCAAAUUGAAUUAUUUCAGUGCAUUGUGAAUUUCAAACCAGCAUAUUUCAGUAAAUUAUAACCUACACACAUUUCCUGUUAACUUAUAUAUAUAUAUUUUUUUUUUUUUUGAUUUUCACAUUUUUUAGUGGGGGGGUGUUCUUCUUGAGCAGUACUAAUACUUAAAAAAAAUGGUUUCUUUUUUGACACUUAGUAUUCAAGAUAUUCAUAACCUUGUUUAAACACGAUGGAACACAAAGUUUGACUGCAUAAAAAGACAAUUGAACAAAUCCAAAGCCGUACAUUUUGAAAAUAUGAAAAAUUAUCUUUAUUGUCUCACAAUUAGUUGCGAAGCAAAUUUCUUCAUAGUAUUGUUAACAAUUUGACUUUCUGUUGUGUUCCAAUGUUAUUGUUACCUUCUCUGAAUUUAAACUUCUUCUGCAAGAGUAGUCUAUUAACUUUGUAUUGUCCCUCAAUUCAAAUCAAUUUUCCUUAAUUGUUGUACAUAGUGUAUAUGAACAAGCUUUGUACAAACAUUUGCAGUAAAAUAUGGCUUUCAUUUUUGUUCUGAAAGAGAGAGAGAAAAAAAAUGACUGAACUAGCCAUUAAAAUGAACAUGUAUUAUGUAUAUUUAUGCAUUCAAA